AUGGAUCCCAACAACAAUAACAACCGCAUGAAUAUGAAUUACGGGUACAAUGACCGCAACUACAACGCGGCCAACAGCCGUGCCUAUCCCACCACCCCCUCCGCAUUCCCCCAACCCAUCUACCAGACUCAGGGGGCCCAGGAAUACGUUGAUCCCUCUAACCCUGCCUAUGCCCCGGGCUACUUCGUGGCCAGUCCGUAUACCCAGCAAGCCCAGUAUGCUCAGCAGCAGCAACAGCAACAGCAGCAACAGCAACAAUACGCGCAGCAGCAGGCCCUGCAAUCGCCCCAGCCAGCAUAUCAGACUCGCAUGGGCUACGCCAACGACGGAACCAACGGUUUGAUCCAGCAGUUCUCCAACCAAGACCUCAACGCCAACCGUGGGGGCUUCUUCGGUCGUACGAACUCCCCCGGCCAACGCCCUCGCACGGCCGGGGGCUCUCCUGCUCAGGGUCAGGCCCAGGCGGCGCAUCUGGCCCCCCCAGUGCCUCGCAGCCCUCGACCCCCAGCGGAGAACGAGGAACUGCAGCGCUUCCCGGAUCGAUACUCAGAAAAUGUGCACAAGCGGGGCAAGGCCGCAAAGGAGCUGGUUACGGUGUUCUUCCAUGAGAACAUUGAGCGCGCCAGAGAUCGCAACAUGCGUUCCGUCGACCUUGAUAAGACGCUUCGAGACUCCAACGUUGCCGCGGACAACAAGCGCCAGGAAGCUGAAUCGAUCUCAAAGAAGGAGUCAGACUUCCUCCGAUUCCUUCGGACCAAGGAGACCCCGCAGAACUUCCAGACCAUUAAAAUCAUUGGCAAGGGUGCGUUUGGUGAGGUCAAACUGGUGCAACGCAAGACCGAUGGCAAGAUCUAUGCUCUCAAGUCUUUGAUCAAGACCGAGAUGUUCAAGAAGGAUCAGUUGGCACACGUUCGGGCCGAGCGUGAUAUCUUGGCUGACUCCAAGGACAACCCAUGGCUGGUGAAGCUGCAUGCCUCUUUCCAGGACUCCGCUUACCUCUACCUGCUCAUGGAGUUCUUACCUGGUGGUGAUUUGAUGACCAUGCUCAUCAAGUACGAAAUUUUCUCCGAGGACAUCACUCGCUUCUAUAUGGCCGAAGUGGUCAUGGCUAUUGAGGCCGUCCACAAACUUGGCUUCCUUCAUCGUGAUAUCAAACCGGACAAUAUUCUUCUCGACCGUGGUGGUCAUGUUAAGCUCACUGAUUUCGGUCUGUCUACUGGUGGCAAGAAGACCCACGACAACGCCUAUUACCAGAACCUUCUCAAGAAUUCAACAUCAAAGGACCGAAAUCGCAACUCGGGCUACUUCAAUGAUGCCAUCAACUUGACAGUCUCAAACCGUGGUCAAAUCAACACCUGGCGAAAGUCUCGUCGUGCCAUGGCGUACUCCACCGUUGGUACACCCGACUAUAUCGCACCUGAAAUCUUCAAUGGUCAAGGUUACACAUACCUGUGUGAUUGGUGGUCUGUUGGUGCCAUUAUGUUCGAGUGUCUGGUUGGUUGGCCGCCAUUUUGCGCCGAAGAUACCACCGACACCUACCGCAAGAUCGUGAACUGGCGUGAAUGCCUUUAUUUCCCGGAUGAGCUGGUCCUCUCUCGUGAGUCAGAGUCAUUGAUUCGAAGCUUCUUGUGCGACCCCGAGCACCGUAUCGGCAGCGAAGGCGGCCAACAUGGUGGUGCAACUCAGAUCAAGAACCACCCCUUCUUCCGUGGCGUGGUGUGGGAGCAAUUGCGGAAUAUCCGUGCCCCAUUCGAGCCGAGACUGAGCUCCAACAUCGAUGUCUCAUACUUCCCUAUCGAUGAGAUUCCUCAGGAAGAUACCAGUGCCAUCCACCGUGCUCAGGCCCGGGCUAUGCCGGAGUCUCAGGAAGCCGAGAUGAGUCUGCCUUUCAUCGGUUAUACCUACAAGGCCUUUAAUGCUUUCCAGGGAAGUUAA